AUGCGCGUGGUGCUCGUGUCGGCGGACGUGCCGGACACGUGCGUCCUCCGCGACGUGCACUACGCCAGUGCCCCGGCCUCCAUGGCCAGGAUACGGCAGGACGUGGGGUACAUCCUCUCCCAGCAUGGCUUUUCGGCGGGUGGCUCAAGUGGUGGUGAGGAGCAGCAGCAGCAGCAGCAGCACGUCAAGACGCAUGGGAUCUUGCGCGUGACGAGCGGAAAGGAGGCGCCGGGGGUGGAGGUCUUGGGCGGACGACGCGUGGCUCUGUUCAGUCCGGUGGUGUGGGAGUGCAGAGCAACAGGAGAGGAAAGGGAGGAUGGGAUGGUGGAGGAGAGGAUUGGGGAGGCAGCGAGGAUGGGCGACUGGUUGGUGUUUGUGCUGGAGUUGCCGGGUGUGCGAGGACUGCCGCUGCUGAUGCCGCCACCGCCGCCGAUUGCGAGUACUGCCGGACCAGGAAGUACUGCCGGACCAGGAAGUGUUGCCGGACCAGGAAGUGUUGCCGGACCAGGAAGUGCCCGUGGGAGCCGCGCCCCAAGUGCUGCUGGGUCGCCAGCAGCUUCUGCUCGUGGGAGCCGUGCUCCAAGCAUCCUUCACGGCGGCAGCCCCAAAGUCCCAAGUGAGCACCCAAGUGAGAAUGAUCGCAGCGUGACAACACCGCAGCCGCCGGGUCCCAUGCAUGAGCAGCCUCCAUCACCAGUCGUCACGGGGCCACCACCGCCCGACGCUCUAGCGCCGCCGUCGGUUGUCAUGAUGUCGCCGCCGGCGUCAAGCGUACAUGCCGAGCCUGUGCCGCAGGAAGGGCCGUAA